UGUGUAUUCUUCCCGCCAAGCAGCUGUCAAAAUUCGCCAAAAUCGGGAUAAGUUUUACGAGCCCGUGUAUUGAUUGUAUUUUUCACUGUAGAAUUAAUAAUAUAUUAUUAGCAAUUUUAUAAAUAAAAAUGGCUAAACCAGAAGAAAGUGAUGAAAAUUGGAUUGCUGCUAUGGAUGAUCUAUGUUCAAAAUUAAACGUAGAUCCAGUUGCUACUGAAAAAUCAAAGGAAUCAUUUGCAGAAAUAAGGCGAAAUUUUACAUUGGACGGCGAAGCUUUACAUUGGAUGGCAUGUGCCUUAUAUGUGGCAUGUCGUACAUCUAUCACUCCCACUGUAGAAUCAGGAAAAGCAGUAAAGGGAAACUGUGUAAGCUUGACAAGAUUACUCAGACUUUGUAAUAUCAGUCUGAUCCAGUUCUUCACAAAAAUCAAAAACUGGAUGGAAAUGACAUUAAUGCCAUCUGAUUUUAAAGAUAGAAUCAGUAGACUAGAGCGCAAAUUUGCAGUAUCUACUAUUUUAUUUAGAAAAUUCCAACCUCUAUUUCAAGAAAUAUUCACUGGCUUGACAAAUGAACCAGUUAAAACUAAGAGCAGUAAAAAACAAAAGCUUCAAAGGUGCUCAACAAACGCUCUAUUUAAUUUAACAUGGUGUUUGUAUGUGUGCGUAAAAGGGGAAUUCCACAACUCAGCUGAUGAUCUUGUGGAUAUGUAUCAUUUACUUCUAUCAUGCUUAGACUUCAUGUUCGCCAAUGCAUUCAUGUCAAGACGCACUGACCUACUAAAUCCUAGUUUUAAAGGUCUUCCCAAAGACUGGUUGCAAGAUGACUUCGAAUUACCGAAAAAGCCACCAUGCAUAAUAUCAGUGCUUUGUGAAAUAAAAGAUGGGUUAGCCGUUCAAGCUAGCACUAUGAAAGACUACAGUUGGAAUAAAGUUAUUAAAUCCUUCUUUGAGAAAGGCAUUCUCAAGGGUAAUAGUGAACAACUUCUAGGCCUCCUAGAUGUGGGAAAUUUUGAUGUAAAUCAGAAAUCACUGAACAACCUGUACGAGACUUAUGUUCUCAGUGUGGGCGAGUUUGAUGAAAGGAUAUUCUUAGGUGAACAUGCCCAUGAACAAAUUGGCACUAAAAAGGUUUCUGGGGAUGAAAUAUCGCAAGUUAUCGCUAACUUUGGACCUAGUGGUAAAGCAUGUCCGGACACACCAUUAACAGGGCGUAGAUACCUCGGCCGGAGGGCGGAAGAACUGACUCCAGUGUCAGAGGCAACUAAUAGCUUGGCUCGACUCGCUACGUUCUUGAGACAGUCGAAACCGCAACCUUCUACGUCGUUUAUGAGGCUUUUUGCUGAAUACGGCGUCAGCGACGAAACGAUAACAAAGAAAGUGAUAGAACCAUGCAACACAUGGAUGGAACAGUUCUCGAACAGCCUAAAGGAGUGCAACUGUAGCACGGAGACUAUAGCCUACCGAUGUAACAUGGUCACAUGUCUAUACUAUAAGGUCUUUGAGCAUAUAAUCAGGGAGGAACAUAGGAAAAAGCCACAGGUGUCUUUGCAGAAUAUAUUCCAGAUGCUUCUAUCGCAAGAGACCUACCAGCUGACAGUAUAUGCUUGUUGUACGGAAGUGGUCCUACACUCGUAUGGAGUACAUUCCCUGAGAUUCCCACGAGUGCUGCAAAUAUAUGGGCUCAGCGCUUUCCACUUUUAUAAGAUUAUUGAGCUUGUUGUGAAGGCGGUUGUCGAAAAACUGAGCAGAGAUGUUAUUAAACAUUUGAAUGCAGUGGAGGAACAAGUAUUGGAAUCCUUAGUGUGGACGUCAGACAGUCCCCUGUGGGAGCAGCUAGCCAAAGCCCCCGUCCCUGCUUCUACCAAAGUUUAUGUUCAUGAGUCUCCACAUAGGAGGAGUGGUCUACAGUCCCCAGUUUCGUCGGUAAUAGAUCGCUAUCUAGCACCCAUAGCGGACCAAGCUAAAAAACAACUUUUUAAGGAUACUGUUAAGCCUGGACAAUCACUGUUAGUUCAAACAAACAUAAAGUCAGAGCCAAAUACUUCCCAAGCAACCACAAGUGCUGCAUCUACCACAAAUGGUGACACCACUCCCAAUACCACGCCCAAGAAAGCUAAUAACUCGUUAAUUUUAUUCUUUAGAAAGUUUUAUAGUCUAGCCGUAGUACGAAUGAACGACUUGUGCACGCGGCUUCGUCUGACCGACGACGAGCUUAAGAGGAAAAUAUGGACGUGUCUAGAAUAUUCUAUCGUGCAUCAGACGCAACUUAUGAAGGACAGGCAUUUGGAUCAGAUAUUGAUGUGCGCUGUAUAUGUUAUAUGUAAAGUAUCAAAUAGUGCAAGUAAUCAAGUGGAGCGUACAUUCGCGGAUAUAAUGCGAUGUUACAGACAGAGGCCGCUAGCGGACAAUCAUGUGUAUAGAUCAGUUCUUAUCAAUCAGGGUGAAGAAGGAUCGCCAGAGAGAGGAGAUUUAAUUAAUUUCUACAACAGAGUGUAUGUACAGUGCAUGCAAAACUUUGCGCUUAGAUUCACUGGACGACAUAGAGAUGAGUGCAGUCUAUCCCCACUACCUGCUGGUCGUGGUGACGCAUCUUACUCCCCGGGCGGGCAGCGGGUGUCAUGCACCCACCAGUUGUAUGUGAAGCCACUGACUGCUUCACCACCGCACCAUCACCACCUUACUUAUCGGUUUAGCCGGAGCCCCGCUAAGGACCUGCACGCGAUCAACACGCUAGUGUCGUGCGAGGUGGGCGGUGUGAAGCGUGGCGGUGAAGGCGGCGAGCUCGUGAAGCGGGCGCGCUGCGGCGCUGCGGGGGUCGCGCGCAAGCUGCAGGGGCUCGUGAGUGACAGGCAGGCGCUGUGAGAUUGAACCAACAAAAUGCUGAAUCAACAAAAGAAAUGAAGUUACAACUCAAAAUUAUUUAAUUAUCAAAAUUAAGCUUUAGCUCUCUAGGCGUUUCUUUUGCACAAUUAUUUAUUUUAACUUGACUAAAACAUGGAAUAUCAAAUCAAGAUAUUAUAUCAAAAUUAUUAUUUUGUCACAAGUACCAAUCUCUGGUCGAAUUAUGUAUUUUGUUUUUAUUUUUCUGAACACUGUCACUGUUGGAAAAUUUGUAUAUAAUAAGGUUUAAUUUUAAUGGCCCUAACUAUCAAAGAGAAGUGCAUAAGCACUUAUAUUUUGUACAUUAAAAUAAAAGAAAGAUGAGCAGAAGCAUACAGAAACAUAUUUUAUACUAAAUUUCUAAACAAUACAGAAUUUAGCAAGAUUACGGCAAUAUGAAUAUAUUGUUACUUCACAAAACUUUUAUACAUGCGGAAAAUAAAGAAAUGAAGUCCAUUAUUGCUAUAUCUACGAAUUAAAAGCACAUAAAACAUGGAAAAAUAAUAAUUACUAGUCAUAAAAAAUCCAAUACAGAGCUUUUAAAUUUAAAUUAGAAAUAAUAACAAGUGACGGUGUUCUAUAUUGAAUAUACAGAGAUUGCACUGACACAAAUGAAGUAUAUUGAUCUCAUUUAUUUAUCUUGAGUGUGAAUAGUAUUGAAUAUGCCAUAUUAUCGAAAAUUGCUCAUCUGUAAAGUAAUUUAAGUUGCAGUAUUCAUUAUUUUAGUAGGAGUCGCGUUUUAUGUUAUGUUUAUAUUAUUGAAGGGUGUAAAAUCAAAUCGUCAGAUUUUUUACAUGAAUUUUUUAUUCUAUUUCAAAAUAGUUUAUGGCCAGUGCAAAUUUGUUUUUAUACCCGUCAUACCUCAUUAUUGUAGAUCAAGAAGCUUAUAUCUAAUACACUGGAGAUUGCACUAUGAACGUUGACAAGUCACGGGAAGGUAUGACCUUGAAUGACGCCUGGUUGUUCCUUCAUCUUCCACCACCUAACUUGG